GGAGGUCUAUUGUUGUAUAGAGCAACAGCAUAAGCAAAGGGAGCAAAGAUGGGUAGGAAACUGGAUGCUUUGCUUGGAAGAAACCUCAGGACCUCUAAAUUCAAAACCCUGGCUAAACUGACCAUCUCCAGGACUGCCAUCCUCAAGAACCAGCGCCAAGUCCGGUGCUCCCAUGCACGGUCCGAUGUCAUUGAAUUCCUUAAUCUUGGUCAUCAAGAACGAGCUCUCCUUCGAGUUGAGCAAGUCAUAAAGGAGCAGAACAUGUUGGAUGUGUUUGCAAUGAUAGACAACUACUGUAAUCUCCUAAUAGAAAGGGUUGCACUCCUUCAAAAGAGCAAGGAGUGCCCUGAUGAGCUCAAGGAGGGUAUAUCAAGCCUGAUAUUUGCAAACUCAAGAUGUGGAGAAUUCCCAGAGCUACAGAAGAUCCGUGAGAUUCUCACUUCAAGAUUUGGGAAAGAUUUUGCUUAUCGUUCUAUUGAGUUGCACAACAAUUGUGGAGUGAAUCCUAAGAUGAUACAAAAGCUUUCAGCACGGCAGCCAAGCUUGGAAAUCAGAUUGAAAAUGCUAAAAGAAAUUGCUUCGGAGAUUGGAGUCACUCUGCAUUUAGAGGAAGAUGCUCAUGUGAUUGUGGAGGAGAAACAGGAUAUCAACCAGAAGCAGAACCAGCUGGAACCAAACAAAUCAGGUCACUUGGAAAGUCCUCCACUAAGAAUUAAUGGCCAUGAAUCAGCUGCAGAAGAAAUAAUUCGGGAAGAGAAGUUCUCUGAAUCAAUAAAAGCAAGGAAAAAGUACACCAAUGCAGCUGCUGCUGCUCAAGAGGCUUUUGAAUCAGCAGCAUAUGCAGCUGCAGCUGCAAGAGCAGCUGUUGAACUCUCCAGGUCCGAAUCACGUGAUAAUGAUCCAGAUGAUCAUAGUGGUUCCACUCAUCGACAAGGAACCAGAUCUAACUUUGUGGAUCGAUGACACCUAAAGUUCAAAGUGAUGGAUAUGCAGCUUCAGCGGAGAUUGAGCAUUCAAACAACAUAUAUGGUUUUGACAAGACCCAUCCCAUUGAUAAUUCCAGUUCCAAAGAAACGGACAAAUUCAACCAUAGCAUUAAUCUCAAAGAAUUGGAAGAAAGCAAUAAUGAAGCAGGAGUAUAAAGGACACUAUCUGCUUCAAGCUCAGGCUCAGGAGAUGAGAUUUUGGGGGAAUGGAAAUUGCCUUUAAAUCUGGUGUGCCAGAAUGAGCUUUUGAGUGUCAUUUUUUAUAGAUAUAAAAACAAAGCCAGCAACAAAAAGAGCAAUAUGCACCAUGCACCACGACUUGGGUUCUGAAUUCUGAUAGGAAUCCUGGCUUGUCCAUGAUCUAUUACAAACACAUCAGACCAUACAAUGCAAUAGUAGAUGAAAUUUCUCUGGUGAGGGCAGUAAUAUACCUUCAUGACAAUCUCCUAAAUGAAUUCUCCACAAAUCUUAAGCUGAUCCCAUUUGUAUCCUAUGAAAGGAAGAUCUAGGUAGGUUUCUCAAAUUUUGUAGAACACUUAAAACACAGUUUGCAAACAUGUAGAAGAAGAUAGCAUCAAUGAAGACUAUAUGAGUACAUAGAGAAGGGAGAAGUUUUCAUUUUAUUAGUUCUAAAGCUUCAACUAUAGCUUAG